CCCGCUCGAGUUAUUUUCCCCGCGGUUCAGCGGCGUGGCUGCGUGGCGGCAUAACAACGUAACGUCUGAACAACGUAGCGUCUUAACAUCUUAACAUCGCAACUGUUGCAUGUCCGCUGGAGGCAUUCCAGACGAACGUGCUCCUCGUUUAGCGUUUCUUUUGAAUUUUUUUUUUCCGUUGCGUGUACCAACAGCGGCGUCCCCCCGCGCAGGUCGCCGAUCGCCGCCGUUUGUUCUUUGACUCCCCAGGUGGCGCCUCAGGAUGGGCAAGUUUCGGGGGGGUAAGGAUAAGAAGCAGCCCGGAAAGGGGGGCAUAAAGAAGAGCCCAAAGAAGGGUAUACAGAAGGGCAUAAAGAAGGGCGGAAAAAUAGUCCCAAAAAUAGUCCCAAAAGGAGGAGAAAUCCCCCCCCCGAAGAAGCAGGCAAAUAAGCAGGCAAAGAAGCAGGCAAAGAAGCAGGCAAAGAAACAGGCAACGCGGCCGGCAAAGCCGCUGACAAACACCCCCACGGAAGAGACAUACUUGCAGAGCAGCGGCAGCUCCGUGGGCGGUGCCCCGCUGGAUGCUCCCUCCCCCGAAGUGCCAUGCGGUAGCCCGGGGGGCGGCCUCUUCGACGGGCUGUUCGCCGACCUGAAGGGCGUGCUGAGCGAGAGCCUGCUGCAAACGCUGGAAAAAAAUAAUUUUGUCCAAACGACGAGCAUCCAGAAGAGGAGCAUCCCAAUUGUCCUACGCGAUAAUGAUGUCUUCCUCAAGUCCAUGACUGGUUCGGGGAAGACCCUCUCGUAUGCAUUGCCCUCCAUUCAGAAGAUCCUAAAUUUGCAAAAGGAAAAAAUAAAGAUAACGAGAGACAUGGGCACAUUCAUCUUGGUACUCUCCCCGACGAGGGAGCUGGCUAUUCAAAUAAACAGUUUGUUCACCACGCUGACGAAGCCGUACCCGUACAUUGUAGUCUCCUGCCUAACCGGGGGAGAGAAAAAAAAAUCGGAAAAAAAUCGCCUGAAAAAGGGAGUGUCCAUUCUGACGUGCACCCCCGGGAGGCUGCUGGACCACUUGGAGCACACCAAGGGGUUGAAGCUGUCCUUCCUGCAGAGCCUCAUUUUGGACGAGGCGGACAAGGUGAUCUUCCUCGGCUCGCAGGACAGGGUGCGCCUCAUCUUCGACGCGAACUUCCAAAUGGUGUUCAUCUCCGCCACGCUGAACCACGCCGUGAAGAGCCUGGCCAACUACUGCCUAACCAACCGGACGGUGUGGGUGGAGGCGAAGGAGGACGGCGCCCCCGGGGGGGGGUUAAGCGGCGAGUUAAGCGGCGAGUUAAGCGGCGGGGUGGUGGUGCAGCCCUCCACCCAUGAGGAGGAAGUCACCCCCACGGUGGGAGAAGACGACUGGAAGUACGAUCUCCCAGAACAGUUAAAGCAAUUUUGCAUUGUUACAGAUUUUAGGAAGAAGUUCCUCUGCCUCGUGCAUUUGUUACUCUCCUGCAUGAAGAAGAAGCAAAAGCCGGUGGUCUUUCUCUCCAAUUGCCACAGCGUAGAGUAUAUGGGAGCUCUCCUAAAGAGCUUAUACUGGCCAACCGAUUUGAAGAAAGAAAACAUGGAGGUUCAUAAGAAGCUACACAAGGGUAUCCCCUCUGUUCUGCUGAAGGAGGAUGAGCAAUUGUUGCGAAAGCAUUUGGAGCAGACGCUCCAGAGGAGGGAGUGCCAAUUAGCAGGGGAUCCAUCGAAGAGGAGAAAAAAGGGGGGAAUUACCCUACCGUUUAAGAACAUUCACGUGGAUGACCUGUUAGGGGAAGACUCCUGCGACGAGAGGAACGGCUCCGCUGGAGGAGGAGACCGGUCCGCUCUCUACAAUGUCAGCACGGAUAGGCACAAGAGGAAGUACCUCUUCGGGGACACACACAUAUACACGCUGCACGGGAAUAUGUCGAAGGAGGACCGUCUAGGCAACUUCUUAGAUUUUGCAAAUGGGAAAAGAGGAGACAACUGCAUUUUGCUAUGUACCGAGAUUGUCUCUAGGGGAGUGAACCUGGAUGAGCUGAGUGUCGUCGUGCAGUAUGACCCCCCCCAAGUUUUUGAAGAAUACGUGCAUAAGGUGGGUCGAACGGCCAGACUACAAAAGGAGGGGACCUCCUACUUGUUCCUCCUCCCGACAGAAGUGGAGUUUCUAAACGUUCUGCGAGAGAAGAAGAUCCAUGUGAAGACCAUCCGGGGGGAGGAACUCAUCGGGAAGUUCCGCAGGGAAGAUGUGCCUCCUUCUUUCGCUUCCAUUGGGGGAGAUCUCCUCAGCUUCAUUUACAAUCAUUUUAAGGUGACAGUCAAGUCGGAUGAGUCCCUCAUGGAGAAGGCCACUAGUGCCUUCCUGGCGUCCGUGACGGCCUACUACUCGGUGAGCAAGCCCCUGAGGCACAUCUUCUGCGCGAAGAGCCUGCACCUGGGGCACCUCGCCUACGCCUUCCUGCUGGACGAGAGCCCCCGCGAAAUCGCCCAGCUCAACAAGCAGCAGCGCUACUUGCGGGUCAAGCGCCACACCACGCUGGGCAAGCGCGAGCGCCGCCUCCUCCGCGGGGGGGCGAGUGCAGCGCAGCUGGACGCUGUGAAGAAGUACCUCAAGAGCUUUGACCACAAGAACGAGGAGGAGAGCAUCAACGGGUUCGCGCAGCUCCUCAAGCAGCUUAACAUCAAAAUGGCCGUCUUUGACUUUGACUUGACCAUAAUCGGUGCCCACUCGGGAGGCUACAUAGACAAGGCCAACGACGUGGGCCACAUCGGGACGGCAGUGACCAACCACUUUAAGCUUCUCUCCAAGGCGCUCAAGGAGAACGGCAUCAAAAUUACCGUCGCGACGUUUUCGGACGAGGAGGCCAUCCGGUACAGCCGCGGGCGGAACCCCACCCUCAUCGCGGGCACGGACAUGGUCAAGUUCAGCAUGCAGCAGAGCAAGUGCGACGCGAAAAUAGAGAAGGUCUACGCCUACUACCCCCCCUACUACAGAGAGCCGCGGCACUACCGCCAGCUGGGGAUGGACAAGCCGAUGAGCCACGACAAGUCGUACCAUUUGAAGCAGAUCAGAACCGACUUCGGCGUAAACGUGGACGAGAUUUUGUUCGUGGACGACGACGUGAAUAACUGCACCUCGGCGAAGAAGGAGGGGUACCUGACCUUCAACGUGACUGGGAAGAAUGGCUUUAACUUUAAGAGCGUCAAGGUUAUGUAG